AUGGGCCAGUUCUCUUUUGCGCCCGCUACCAAAACGACAGUCGUCACCACGACAUAUACAACCACAACCACUUUCCCGCCCUUGUGCGUGAACGCCCCGGGAAGCCUUGGCGGACGCGAUCCCAAGGAAUACCCACUCGCCCACGUACAAGCACCUGAGUCGAUACGGAAGAUCUACUUUGAGGCGGGAGGAGAGCUCGCGUGCUUCGAAGAGGCUGACGCUGCGUCAAACAAAGUGCAGGAGCACAACAAACUCCAGAACUCCCUCCGAUCUGCCAACGGCACACUGAAGAAGGUGGAAUCAUUCAAAGGACCCCCCGUGUUCGCAACACCGAAUCGCGCUAUCCGCCCAGCCUUCGCCCACAACCCGCAUCUGCGUGCAGUUUCAGGACGUCGAAAGCGGGAAUCUUCCGAGGAUUCCCCACCUGUGCCAUCAAUAAAGGAAGCAGCUGAACUGGCUAGCCUACAUCGACGGAGCAAGAAGCCGCGCAUAGCAGUCCACGAGGAUAAGAGUGAAGAUACGAUGCGUGACUACACACCAGAGGACCUAGACGAGCCAGUCCCAGCGACGCCUGACACCGAUCUUGGACUCGCAGGCAAAGCCGCGGCAUCAAAAGCUAGAGAGUCGGCUGCAGGCCCUUCGACUGUCAGGUCUGGCUCAUCUGCACCCCGUGGGCAGUCGCCGGAUCCAUCUUUCCCCACGAGCAUGCUUCAUGGUCCUGGGGUCGCUGCUACACCACCUAUCGCUGAGUCUGACAGGGAGCCAGCUGUGUCCUUCGCUGACGAUGAAUCAUUCUCGUCAGCCCGACUUACACCUCUUGAUAUUGGUUCCGCACAAGACGCCAGUCUUCCGAGCCCUAGUUUGUCUCCCAUUACUGCCGCCGCCAAUGCUCAACAAAGCACGAGUGGAGCCUCGUUCUUGGGUGCAGAUGGUGACUUUGAUCCCAACGAUGUUUCAGGGCUGGACCUCUCACAAAGCGAACUGGCGGACUUCCCGCUCUUCCCUUCUGGAUCACAUCACCUCGAACUACCAGAUGUGGGCGAGGUGGCCAGCCCCAACCCACAGCUCUUGACGCCGACUGUCAUGGGCAUCCCUAGCAUGCUGAAUUCGUUCGACGCCCUACCUGAGCAAAUGAAGUCGUAUGUCAUGUAUCAGCUGCUUAGGCGCUGCCCAAAGCCCACCCUGCACUUCGUCGCCGACGUCGUCAACCCAGCCCUGAAGCGCGACUUCAUUGCUUCACUACCUGCGGAGCUGGGUCUUGAGAUCAUCGCAUACCUGGAUGUCAAGAGCAUGUGCAGUGCGGCCCAGGUAUCCACAUACUGGCGCAGACUUGUCGAUACACACGAGGGUGCUUGGAGAGAUCUCUUCGAGAAGGAUGGCUACAAGCUGCCGUAUGGCGAGCUCGAGCGUGCUGUUCAGGAAGGCUGGGGCUGGCAAUAUCCCCAUUUGCCAGACAGCUACGAGCGUGAUCUGCGAGCUACCUCUAUUGGUUCAAGGUCAGAUAGCGAAGCACACGUUGGCUUCUCUGCUGUCAGUCAUUCAGGGAGUGCUCAUGACCACGAAGGGGCAAUAACGCGAUCUUCCUCGACCCGACAAAAGAGGAAAGCAAGCAGCAAGCAUGGUAUCUCCAAGAAGCUACGCAAGAAGGGAUUAUCCUCUGCCAAGACACAAGUUGCUCUCUAUUCGCAGCCUGGAGACAAACAAAACGGGCCCAACGCCUACGCCCAGCGAGCUCGAGCCGCCGUCCCGGAUCCAAGGGUUGGCUUGCCCAGCUUGCGCAACAUGCAUCUCUUCAAAUCUUUAUACCAGCGACACCACCUCAUUCGAAAGAGCUGGAUGGAAGAGGAUACGAAGCCAAAACAUAUCGCAUUCCGUGCGCACCAGCGACACGUCGUCACUUGCUUACAGUUUGACACGGACAAGAUUUUGACUGGAAGCGACGACACUAAUAUCAACGUCUACGACACCAAGACCGGAGCUAUACGUCAACGUCUCGAGGGCCACGAGGGCGGUGUCUGGGCCUUGCAGUAUGAGGGCAAUACCUUGGUGUCGGGCUCAACGGAUCGCUCAGUGCGAGUCUGGGAUAUUGAGAAGGGCAAGUGCACACAGGUUUUCCAAGGUCACACAUCUACCGUUCGAUGUCUUGUCAUUCUCAAGCCAACACAGAUCGGAGAGACGAUAGAUGGUCAGCCAAUUCUGAUGCCCAAGGAAGAGCUAAUCAUCACUGGUUCUCGAGAUUCAACCCUCCGUGUAUGGAAAAUGCCCAAGCCCGGUGAUCGCAGCGUUAUGCAAACGGUAGCUUCCUCGAACGAUAGCGACAACCCCUACUUCGUGCGAGCCCUCACAGGUCAUCACCACUCCGUCCGCGCCAUUGCCGCCCACGGUGACACUCUUGUCAGCGGCAGCUACGACUGCACGGUCCGAGUAUGGAAGAUCUCAACCGGGGAGGUCCUACAUCGCCUUCAAGGUCACUCGCAGAAGGUCUACAGCGUUGUUCUGGACCAUGCCCGUAAUCGUUGCAUCAGUGGGUCUAUGGACAACAUGGUCAAGGUGUGGUCCUUGGAGACAGGCGCCUGCCUAUUCACACUUGAAGGUCACACUUCUCUCGUUGGCCUGUUGGAUCUAAGCCAUGGGCGGCUAGUCUCUGCCGCUGCAGACUCCACACUACGCAUCUGGGACCCAGAGAAUGGCCAAUGCAAGAGUAGACUUUGUGCCCACACUGGCGCCAUUACUUGCUUCCAGCACGACGGCCAGAAGGUCAUCUCGGGCUCCGACCGUACACUGAAGAUGUGGAAUGUUAACACAGGCGAGUUCGUCAAAGACCUAUUGACGGAUCUCAGCGGAGUGUGGCAAGUCAAGUUCAACGAGCGCCGAUGCGUCGCUGCUGUACAGCGAAACAGCAUGACGUAUAUCGAGAGCAACGAGGUCGCCGCAUCGUGGUCAACCACCGUGGCCACGAAAUAG